GACCCACGAGUGCGCGGGCAGCGCGGGGCACAGGGAAAGGCGCUUCCUCCUCCGUCGCGGACUCUCGGUGGUUUCGGAGGACGAGGAGGAAUAUGGCACCGAAGGCGGCCCCCUCCUGCCGUCUGGUCUUCUGCCUCUUGAUCUCCGCUGCUGUCCUCAGGCCAGGCCUUGGAUUGUACACUGUAAAUUCAGCAUACGGAGAUACCAUUACCAUGCCUUGCCGACUCGACGUACCUCAGAACCUCAUGUUUGGCAAAUGGAAAUAUGAAAAGCCCGACGGCUCCCCAGUAUUUAUUGCCUUCAGGUCGUCCACGAAGAAGAGUGUGCAGUACGAUGAUGUUCCCGAGUACAAAGACAGACUGAGCCUCUCGGAAAACUACACGUUGUCUAUCAGUGACGCGAGGAUCAGCGAUGAGAAGAGAUUUGUGUGCAUGCUAGUGACCGAGGACGACGUGUUUGAGGCGCCGACGAUAGUCAGGGUGUUCAAGCAACCGUCUAAACCUGAAAUUGUUAGCAAAGCACCAUUUCUUGAAACAGAGCAGCUAAAAAAGUUGGGUGACUGCAUUUCAAAAGACAGUUACCCCGAAGGCAACGUCACCUGGUACCGGAGUGGACAGGGGCUGCAGCCCCUGGAAGGAGCGGUGGUGAUAAUUUUUAAAAAGGAGGUGGACCCAGUAACUCAGCUGUAUACCAUGACUUCAUCACUGGAGUACAAGACAACCAAGGCCGACAUACACAUGCCGUUCACCUGCUCUGUGACAUAUUACGGACCAUCAGGACAGAAAACUCUUUAUUCUGAACAAGCAAUCUUUGAUAUCCACUACCCUACGGAGCAGGUGACCAUACAAGUGCUGCCACCAAAAAGUGCCAUCAAAGAAGGAGACAACAUUACUCUGAAAUGCUUGGGAAAUGGAAACCCUCCUCCCAAAGAGUUUUUGUUUUACUUACCGGGACAGCCUGAAGGAAUACGAAGCUCGAAUAACUACACACUGACGGACGUGAGGCGCAAUGCAACCGGAGAGUACAGAUGCUCCCUGAUGGACACGAAGAGCAUGGUCGCUUCCACCACCAUCACCGUCCACUAUUUGGAUUUGUCCUUAAACCCCAGUGGGGAAGUGACCAAGCAGAUUGGAGAUGCCCUGCCCGUGUCCUGCACAAUAUCUGCUAGCAGGAACGCAACCGUGGUGUGGAUGAAAGAUAACACCAGGCUUAAAUCCAGCCCAUCAUUUUCUAGUCUCCAAUAUCAGGAUGCUGGGAACUAUGUCUGUGAAACUGCUCUGCAAGAGGUGGAAGGACUAAAGAAAAGAGAAUCAUUGACUCUAAUUGUAGAAGGAAAACCUCAAAUCAAAAUGACAAAGAAAACUGAUCCCAGUGGACUGUCUAAAACAGUAAUCUGCCAUGUGGAAGGAUUUCCGAAGCCGGCUAUACAGUGGACGAUUACUGGUAGCGGAAGUGUCAUAAACCAAACAGAGGAGUCCCCUUAUAUCAAUGGCAGGUAUUAUAGUAAAAUUAUCAUUUCCCCUGAAGAGAAUGUUACAUUAACUUGCACAGCAGAAAACCAGCUGGAGAGAACAGUAAACUCCAUGAAUGUCUCUGCUAUAAGUAUUCCAGAACACGAUGAGGCAGACGAGAUCAGUGAUGAAAACAGAGAAAAGGUGAAUGACCAGGCGAAGCUGAUUGUGGGAAUCGUCGUUGGUCUCCUGCUUGCUGCCCUGGUCGCGGGUGUCGUCUACUGGCUGUACAUGAAGAAAUCAAAGACCGCAUCUAAACAUGUAAACAAGGACCUUGGUAAUCUGGAGGAAAAUAAAAAGUUAGAAGAAAACAAUCACAAGACGGAAGCCUAAGAGACAAGCUGUUUUAGCUGUUGUCCAG